UGACAUGAUAACUGGGUCACAGGGUAAACUUGAAUUACUGCGAUUAUGCAAUGAAACCGCGCGAACAUUGCAAUCGGGUUGUUUUCCGUUACGAAAGUGGGUAUUCAACUUUAGCGAGCCGUUGUUAGAGUCUAAUUUCGCACUGCUGUCUGACGCGCAAACUAAACUAACGUUCGAUAAAGACUGCAAUUCAAAGACAUUGGGCAUAGGAUGGAAUAAUUACUAUGAUCAAUUUUAUUUUAACUCGCAACUUAAUUUGAUGAAAACCAAUGAUAAAGUAACCAAGCGCAUUAUUUUAUCACAUAUCUCGCAAAUUUAUGAUCCCUUAGGUUUAUUGAGUCCGACAAUUAUGCUCGCCAAGGUCUUACUCAAGCGUUUAUGGCUUCUCAAACUUGAUUGGGACGACGAAGUCCCUUCUGACGUCAUGCGCACCUGGAAUGAUUUUACUAGAGCGUUAUCAGCUGCUCUAAGCACAAUCCGUGUGCCGCGUUAUGUAAUGGGUAGCAGUAAUUAUACGCGCAUAGAAAUGCAUAUCUUUACAGACGCGUCACAGGUUGCUUAUGGCACUUGCAUUUAUAUUCGCACAAUAAAUGAUAACAUGGAAGUAUGCUCACGAUUGUUAUGUUCAAAGGGGAAAUUAAGUCCAAUUAAAGUCCUAAGUACGCCCCGAUUAGAACUUUGCAGCGCACUUCUAGGUGCUAAAUUAUAUGACAAGGUCAUACGUAGUAUUAAUUGCCAAUUUGAUGACGUCAUAUUUUAUUCCGAUUCUACUUGCGUUUUAGGGUGGUUGCGCAUGUCACCUAAUUUAUUAAAAACUUUUGUGCAGAAUCGGGUCACUGAGAUCCAUGAACUGACCAAAGCGCUUCCAUGGCGCCACGUCAGCGGUAAAGUUAACCCAGCUGACUUAGUUUCGAGAGGAGUCCGAUUAGAAGACCUAGCUGGAUCCAGUUUAUGGUGGGAAGGACCUGAAUUUCUGCAGGAUGUUAAUUUUGACCCUAAAAACAUUCCAAAACUACCGAAUUCGGACGAUUCACACGAUAUACUGCCAGAGGUUAAAUCUAACGUAGACUUAGCGCUUACCGCUAUUACAGAAGCGGCAUUAUUUCCCUUCGAGCGGUUUUCUCAGUUCUCGCGCAUGAUACACGCCACUUCUUACGUUUUACGUUUUAUUCACAACGCGCGCAAUAAGAAUAAUAAGCGUACGGGCCGUAUCAGCGUCGAGGAACUGCGGGAAUCAACAAAUUUAUUGGUCAGGCUGUCUCAACUGGAAUCAUUCCCAGAUGAGUACAAGCUAUUGACUAAUAAACAAACAAUUAAAACAAAGCAUAACUUAAGUAAGUUAAAUUUGUUUAUCGAUGAAAAUCGUGUCAUGCGAGUCGGCGGUCGUAUUGGUUAUUCGCAAUACUUUGCUUACGAAAAAAGACAUCCGAUAUUAAUAACAAGCAAACAUCACUUUACGCUUUUAUUAUUCCGCCACGAACAUAAAAAACUUUUACAUGCCGCGCCUCAAGCCCUUCUUUUUGAACUGCACGAUGCUUGGUGGCCGCUAGGUGGUAGGAACCUCGCGCGAAAGAUUUUUUAUGAUUGUGUUAUUUGUAAGCGAUUAAGAGGGAAAACCCUUACUCCUUUCAUGGGAAACCUACCCGAGGAGAGAAUUACGCCUACAUAUCCCUUUUUAACUUGUGGCGUGGACUAUGCAGGGCCAGUUUUCAUAUUGAACCGCAAAGGCAGAGGUGCUCAAACUGUUAAAGCAUAUAUUUGCUUGUUCGUUUGUUUUGUUACGCGAGCCAUCCACUUAGAGCUUGUCAGCGAUCUGACCACCGACGCUUACCUCCUAGCUCUCAAACGCUUUAUAGCUAGACGCGGCAAGCCUAACGAAAUAUUUUCGGAUAAUGGCAGGAACUUUGUGGGUUUAAUGCAUGAUUUUGCCAAGUUUUUGUCGCAAUGUAGUCCUGACAUCAUAGAUUACGCUACUAGUAGUAAUAUUAAAUUUCAUUUUAUUCCACCUUACGCGCCCCAUUUUGGUUCCCUAUGGGAAGCUGGAGUAAAAUCAUGUAAAUUUCAUAUACGCCGUGUUAUUGGAAACGCUCAUCUCACAUUCGAAGAAUUUAGCACGGCGUUAAGCCAAAUUGAAGCCGUCCUGAACUCCCGUCCUUUAUACGCCAUGUCAUCGGAUCCGCACGACUUUCUUCCUCUGAGCCCUGCGCACUUUCUCGUCGGUCGUACUUUGACGUCGCCCGCCUCAGAGGACCUUCAGCACGCGCCUGCUCAUCGACUCAACCGAUACCAGAUGGUGGAGAAGAUUAGGCAGCAUUUCUGGGCCCGCUGGUCCAAAGAGUACGUCUCCGAAUUACAGACGCGAUCCAAGUGGAGGAGCCACUGUGAAAUCCUCAAGCCAGACACACUGGUACUUAUAAAGGACGAUAAUCUGCCUCCACUAAAAUGGCAGUUGGGACGCAUCGUCCAGACUAUCCCUGGCAGAGACGGAGUGUCAAGAGUGGCAGACAUCCGUACCGCAUCCGGCAUCAUAAGACGCGCUUACACCAAAAUCUGCCCCUUGGUGUCUCAGCCAGAUGAAGAGAGGAGAGAAGCUCAAGAAUCCUCUUGAAAGCCAGAUCUUUCAAGGCCGGGGGCAUGUUCCGUACGAGACCCACCGCGACAUCUUUGGGCGGAGCGAUACAAUUGCGUAUGUCGCGUCACACAUAUCGCGGCCAAUACGGAGCCCGAUAUACGUCUUCGUCACCCUACGUCACGACAUAUUGUCCC